CCUCCGACGAGGGAGGUUUUCGCAAUCGUCAUUCGUCGUACUUGGCGAGUUAGUCCGGUUGACAGCGUCGCUACGCGCGUCUUCAUCGUCGACGGUUCAGCCUUUAACGGCAGUUCAAUCAUGUUGUGACGGAUGCACUCGUAUGUGCCGCCAACACGUCGCAUCGACGAUUAAUUUCGAUAUUACGAAGAUGUACGCGUGAUAGGGAAUAGCAACGCGCCGAUCCCGAAGUCGCGUUUAUCGACUCGAGCAACAGAUGUGACCAUUCUACGCAUCUCGUUCUUUAUAUUUAGUUAAUCAAGAUUUCCUCAGUUGGUAACUAACACGCGACGCUCCGAUUUUCACCUUCUUAUCGUUGCGCACCUUGUUGAGAAACGUCGUUAACGAUAACAGACGCGUGCUUCGGAUUUCGCUGACAGGAGAUAAGACACAUUCAACGAUCAACAGCGCUUAUAAACAGCGUCGAACGAAUGAUCAGAAAAAAAUAAGAAUUUCGUAAAAUCUGUGCUCGGAAUCGAAGCAAGAAUCGUACGUCCUCUGUCGUUCUGAGGGCUUACCUGCGGCUUAAGGGCACCGGGCCGAGUACGGAGAAUAAAAGGCGAAGGAAGAGAAUUCCUUUGUCCUCCGAGGCGGCACGGAAGGAGGUGAACAAGGACAAGAGAAGGAGAGAGAGAGAGAGAGAGCAAGGAGAGAGCAGCCGAACGGAGCAACACGCGGUCGAGUUUCUACCUUGGAGUAUAUCUUACGUCGAAGCGCGACAAGGACGGCGAGAUUAAACACGAGCCAGAGAGAAGAAGAAAGACGCUUUAUUCGUCGGUGAACGGCCGUCGUUGCGUUGCCAGCGGCAAAGGGCAACAACCACACCGUAGCCAGAGAGUCUCUCUACCGUCAUCUACACUCAAGGCCAGGGCAACGCAGCCCACGCGGUCUUUAGUAAGUGCGAUCGUCGGGACAAGAGUCGGACAAUCGGGAGUGCGAUCGGUUAAUUGUCGUGCGCGAAAUGCUUCGGGAUUAAACGGGGAUCGAAUUCGCCAAGGGAUCGUAUCGUGACGAGUCGCGAGAAAAAGUUCGACAGAUAAGUGAAGGUGUUUUGAUUUUACGUGAUCAUGCAUCGGCGUAAGCUACUACCGGACGCCAUGACGAUGGUUAGGGCAGCUGUUCUCGCAGCUGUCUUCGGACAACUUCUGGGCCCUAGCGUGGCCAACAGGCCCGCCGGCGCUCAUCCCGGACACGCUUAUUUCGAGCAGCCAUGCUGCGGUCGUUCUCAUCUCAGGCAUCAUAAAGAACACGUGCGCGAAUUCAGCUGUGGGAUGCUGUACUACAGGACGCUCUAUCUGGACAGUAAGAGGGACGCCCUAUACGUCGGAGCUAUGGACAAGAUCUUCAGGCUAAAUCUCAGCAAUAUCAGUCACUCCAACUGCGAGAGAGAUGCACUCAACUUGGAACCCAGCAAUGUGGCGAAUUGCGUGUCCAAGGGCAAAUCAGAGCAUUUCGACUGCAGAAAUCACAUAAGAGUGAUACAGCCGAUGGGAGAUGGCAAUCGGCUUUAUAUGUGCGGUACGAACGCGCACGCACCCAAGGACUGGGUGAUUUAUAGCAAUCUGACUCACUUGCCACGUCACGAGUUCGUCCCGGGAGUAGGAAUGGGCAUCGCGAAGUGCCCUUACGACCCUGCCGACAAUUCGACAGCGGUUUGGGUCGAGAAGGGCAAUCCCGGAGACUUGCCAGCUCUUUAUUCCGGCACGAACGCCGAGUUCACCAAAGCCGAUACCGUAAUCUUCCGCACGGAUCUCUACAAUUUGACUACCGGCCGCAAGGCGUUCAGCUUCAAGAGGACGCUCAAGUACGACUCCAAGUGGCUCGACAAGCCGAAUUUCGUGGGUUCGUAUGACAUCGGCAGUCAUGUGUUCUUCUUUUUCCGCGAGACCGCGGUCGAGUACAUAAACUGCGGCAAAAGUGUGUACUCCCGCGUGGCGAGAGUUUGCAAGAGAGACACCGGAGGUAAAAACAUACUCGCGCAAAAUUGGGCCACAUACCUCAAGGCCAGAUUGAAUUGCUCGAUACCCGGCGAGUUUCCAUUUUACUUCAACGAGAUACAGAGCAUUUACAAGGUGCCGGGCGACGACACGCAUUUCUAUGGCACUUUCACUACAUCGACGAACGGGUUAAUGGGCUCCGCGAUAUGUUCCUUCCACAUUGACGCCAUCCAAGAGGCUUUCCGCGGAAAGUUCAAAGAGCAGGCGACCAGCAGUAGCGCCUGGCUACCGGUCCUGUCUAAUAAGGUUCCGGAACCGCGGCCGGGCCAAUGCGUCAACGAUACAGAAUCACUGCCGGACACCGUCCUGAAUUUCAUCAGAUCCCAUCCGCUAAUGGACUCGGCGAUUUCGCACGAAAACGAGAAACCGGUCUUCUACAAGCGAGACGUAAUGCUCACGCGGCUGGUCGUCGACAAGCUGCGCAUCGACUUCCUGGACACCGAUUUGGAUUACACAGUCUACUACGCCGGUUCCAGUGACGGUCGCGUUCACAAGGUUGUACAAUGGGUUGACAGCAGCGGCGAAUCCCACUCGAUCCUGUUGGAUGUUUUCGACGUUACGCCGGGCGAACCGAUACAGGCGAUGGAGAUCUCAAAGGAACAUAAGGCUCUCUAUGUCGCGUCGGAUCAUCGAAUAAAGCAGAUCGAUCUGGUAAUGUGCACUCGGCGAUACGACAACUGCUUGCGAUGCGUCCACGAUCCGUAUUGCGGAUGGGAUAAAGAUACAAACACGUGCAAGCCGUACGAGCCAGGGCUUCUUCAAGACGUGUCGAACAGCACGGCGGACGUUUGCGACAGCAGCGUCGGCAAGCGGAAGCUAGUUGUCACGUGGGGCCAGUCGGUGCAUCUGGGAUGCUUCGUGAAGAUGCCGGAAGUUCUGGCGAAUCAAGAGGUGCGAUGGUACCAUUAUAGUAAAGAAAAGGGCAGGUAUCAGAUCGCGUACAAGUACGGCGCGGGCGGGGAUAAGUUUAUCGAGACCUCGGAAAAGGGUCUGGUGAUUGUCGGGGUGAAUGAGCAGGACGCCGGCAGAUACGAUUGUUGGCUCGGCGGCGCUCUCCUGUGCUCGUACAACAUCACCGUGGACGCGCACAGAUGUUCGGCCCCCGCCAAAUCCAACGACUACCAGAAGAUUUAUUCGGACUGGUGUCACGAAUUCGAGAAGUACAAGUCGGCGAUGAAGAGUUGGGAAAGAAAGCAAGCGCAAUGCGCUUCGAGGCAGAACGACAGUAAUCAGAAUCUACACACGAACGAGGUUUACGGCACGCCCCUCGUCUGAUGGAGCCGAUCGUUGGGUCCCUCAUCGAGCCGAGAUUACGAUGACACGAUACGCAUAAGCGUCCCGCCGAGGAACCGCGGCUGGACCACGACCGGCUGGAUGAGCCUGGCCUUCCUUUUGGCCGGUCACGUCACCGCGCUCAGCCCCUUGGCGCUCACCCGAGGACUCUCAAGCGACUGAGACCGAUCCGGCGAAUCGGUGGUGAACUGAAACUCGAGUGUAAAAAGGACGUGUUCGAUCGGUGCAUACUACUAAUCACGUGCCACUGUGCCCGAGACCUUCUCGUUGCUGAUCGCGAGUGACAUCGAGUAGCUAUUGGCAGUCGAUCAUUUGUCAAUAGAGAUAUUUCAGUUUUUUUGUUCUCGCGCAUCCCACUUUCCGUUUUACAUAUGUUUUUUUGUACUCGCUUUGCUGUAAAUAAAAAAAAAAAGAACGUGUAUCACGAAGGGGGGGGGGAGGAUCGGACCCUGGCGCCGCGAGUGUUCUCGGCGAUGACGAGCGGAAAUGCUGGAAAAUGUUGCGAACGGUGAAACAAUCGGUGAUCACUCGGCUCCGUAAAUUCCGACGUGCAUCCGCGAAGAGUGGUGUUCUUCGGGGUGAACGAACGAUAUCCUUUGUGCCGCGGAGAAACGGAUAAAGUUCCGCUUCUUCAUACUGAACUACUACUGGUCGGUGUUGGAAGCUGUACGGAGAAGCGCGCAGUUCUGUUUCCUUGGAUUUUUUAAUUAAUUUGCGAGAGAGAUUUUACGUGUAUAUACGAUAUCGGGGUCUCGUUUACGGAAGACGGCGCAAUGUUGAUCGCGAUAUCAUCGUAAUGAGAUAUCGAUUAUCAAUAUGACGCCGAGAUUAAGCGGCGGGACGAAGAGAGAAAGGCGCGUUCUCCUGCAGUUUUUCGCAUCUGUGAUAGGAGCGAGCGAAGAAGCGAAAUCGAGGUGGAGUUUUCCAUACGACGCGGGUAGCAUCGAUGGGAGAAUGGCCGCUGAUAAACAGCUCACGCCCCCGGCGCGGACAAAAGAAAACGACAGUGUUAAUCGAGGAAUGAAAGGUAAAACGUCGCGUCGGAGAGAAAAACGAAACGUGGCCGACAACGGCGCGUUUACGACGUCACGCAGGUUACACAUGAGAUUAUUAUCGGCUUUAAGAGACCUUCGUGCGAGCCGCGCUGUGCACUCGCGACGCUGGUUAGCUUUCCAUAUCACGUUCGCCAUUUUUGCGGCGCGCAACACGCCUAUUUUCUACUUUGCACACCUAUCCCUCACACGCCACCACUCCGCGUUUCCUUCAUUUUUCCUUUCUAUAUCGCAUCUCGACGAUCGCGCGGGCUGCUGCCGCCCGUUAUCUUUUGUUUGUCGCGGCAACUUUCGUGCCGUUCAUUCCGAUCAUCGUCAUUAUUCUUCGCGCACCUACCCUGAGACACGGCCGCGGAACGACCGCGCGAUGACGUCGCGUUUUUGUUCGGGCUCGCGUACCGUUGCGCUGGUACGAAAAAUAAAAAUAAAAAAAAAAAAAAAACGCCCCGUACUCGCGUGUCGUGCCGGCGGAACCGUCAAAAUCGUCGCGCUCCAGUUUGUGAGAAACUUGGAGUACAUGCCGCGCGCGCGCGUUAUCAUCGUCGAGAGGCGGCCUCCUUCAACUAAGGUGCUACGCGGAUCUAUUUCCCUCCAGAGGAAACCCACCGGUGAGGCCCGUAGCCUCAUACUCAUAUUUCUUUCAAGCGUAUCUCCCCUCCUCUCAUCCGGUUCUUUCCCCAAACGGACAUACAUUCGCGUUACGCGCCCAACGGGCGAUUUCACGGUGCGCACGUAUCGUUGUGCACCCGCCAGUAGUGCACUGUACAUAUUAUCGGACUUAGAAGUCACGUGUACACAUUUUCCGUAGGUAAGUCCAAUAUUAGCGUAGGGUAUACGUGUUUGCUUAUUAGUUCUCGAUGAACACGGCCAGAUCUCUCGUUGCAUCCUGCGGUAUCGGUGCGCUGAGCAAGUCGGCGCGGCGACCGCCGCCGAAAGCUAAACGCGGUUUGGGGAAUGCUGGGGCCACAUCGAGGCGAGCGAUCGUUUCGACGACUUCAGGACUCUUGAGGCUGCGCGGGGCUGUCGAGCCAGCAUUGCGUUUUUCGCGCGUACAUUCGAGACGGCUAUGUAUCGACUACAACUGGAUCGAGCCUAUAAGCGCGGCGUUCGCUUCCCGAAGACACAUCUGGAGUUUUGACGUAUGCCGUUAUAUUUAAUUUCUCUAUAAUCAUCCGGUUCCUUUUUUUUAUCAUUAGUUUUAGUUACGCUUAUUUUUUUUUUCUUUUAUGAAGCCUGAAAACUUCUUUGAGCGGAAAACCGGCGUUUCUGACUUCGUGUCUGAUUCUGUACGUGACUUUGUACAUAGAUAAUAGCGUUGUAUUUUUAUAAAAGUGACCUAAGCGGGGAAGAUUUGCCCCUAAAAAAAGUAACGACAUGCUUUUAAUUUACUGCCAGUAUUCUGCCUACUCGCACUCAACCGACUAGACUGACCGCGAAAAAAAAAAACUGUCUCCGUGACAACGUGUAAAUGAAUAUUUUUCGAAACACGCGAAACUGACAGAAAAUUCAAUUUAGCUUCACCGCUAAUUUUACGAAUGCAUACGUCCUCGUUUAGCAAUCGUCCAUGAAAAUAUGACGCAGGCUCACACUGUAGUGGAAUUAGCGUUCGUGUUAGCGUCCGUCCGACUUUUCCUCGGAGAUCGACAUACAUACAUUUUGUAAUCAGCAAGCGACAGCAAAAAUGUCUACCGGUGCUCAUUUAGCGCGGUUUUGCCGAACGAUCGACGUAUCGAGAGAGCACCCAGCCAGCCAUAAUCACUAUAAAUACACGUAGGCUACGAAGAGUACAUAAUAAAGGGAGGUCACGACGCCUUUCCGUGCGCGGAUUUUCCGUUUCCUGAAGCAGUUCGUCAGUGAUAUAGUUUCGCUCUUAUCCUUCAAUUUGUACAUAGGCAUUCACAUCGUAAUAUCCACAACAGUAUCUUGACAAUGCAGCGAGCGUGAUUGAGAUGCCCGAUUGAGCCUUAGGUGCGCACGACUGUUAUUAACUUCUGUACAGAUAUCGUCGCGAUCGACGAUUUACUUUUUGUACCUAUAAGGCUCAACCUGUGCGCGAUGGAGAGAGAAAACUCCGAUCGAAAAAAAUCCGUUAAGGAAACGCGAGCGAGUAUAUACCGAAGCGAGACCUUAAGAGUAACACAAUAAUCGGUAAUCUUAUCCUCGAGUAUGUACUUAUUAUGAGCUUCAACAAGUAUUGAAUAGUAUUACGACGUAAGGAUUAAGGCUAGACGCGCGUUAAGAACCGAAUCGGGAGACUUUCGGACCGACUGGCCAACCGCGACGUCGCGCGGAUCGACGAGGAUCCAUCGUUUCCUAGAAGGAUUUUAUCAUCCUUGAAAAAUCUUGCGCGCAACUCGCGCGCGUCUUUAACGAGUCGCUUCUCGUCGAUCCGCUCGGUCCACUCGUACCUACAAAUCAUCCCUAAAUUCCUCCAGCCAUCGACCGACGUCCCGGAUCGUACUAGAUCACAGACGCGUCUGGAUACAGAGGAGAGCGAAGAGGAACGGCCGAACGAGUGCUAUGUGCGUGUGUGUAUGCGUAUGUUUGCGUGUUGUGUGCGAGGUGCGAUUGCCGGUGGUGUCACGGAUUGAUACGUAAAGAAUAGUAACCUACCUAUCGUAUAUCUAAAGAAAGUUAUAAAAAAAGAGUAAAAGCAAACGUAAUAUUACGAUAGAAUAGUAAAGUACACGAACUUUGGCUAAGUGCGCCUUCGUGCAGUCGUUCGUCCUGACCGCGUCGUGUCAACCGCAUGUUAUGGCAACGAGAGAGGUGAAGCAGGGGAAGGAGAAGGAGGCGUAUCGAUCGGAAGUGUUGGUCCCCGGUUUCUCGCUCCGGCUGCGGGCGAGAGCGAGUGUCCGGUGCGAGUGCACGAGGGCGCACUUCGGGGUUGGAGUAGGAUCGUGAUCACGGAAAGCAAUCUAAGUUGAACCUAAAGUUGUUAGAUAUAUUAUUUGUAAGAUUACUGUAUGUUGCGUGAAUGCGAUUGAUGCGGCGGGAUAUCGCGAGCGGAACGCGGAUCGAUCGACGACGCGGAGGAAGAACAGCCCCGGCGAUCGAUCGUCGGGGCGAGCUUCUCCGCUGUCUGUCGAAGAUACGAGCUCGAAAACGCACCUGUUCUGAACAAAAAAAA